AUGGCUUCCCUACACAUAUCCCAAGGCCAAUCGUCAGUCCAGCAGCUCCGCAAGCCUAAUGCAUUCGAUGCACUCAUGAAGAAGCCUAGCUCGGCUACCCAAUUGAGACCUGGCCCUCUUCCAAAGCCCAUUGAGCUCCGUAGCGUUCGUGGAGCCCGCAUAUCGAAAUCCAGCCUACUUCGGUCUCCCAAGCAUCAGCUUCUUACCCACAUCCCUCAUAUCGAUGAAGAGUCUCUUUUUACCGAGUUUGAAGCUCAGCGGGCUGCUUAUGCCAACGCUCUACCUGAGCAUGAGUCACCUCAGAAUAGAAACGACGGCUGUCAUGAGGAGGAUAGAAGACGGGUCUCAUACACCAGGGAGCAGAAGCUGGCUGCUGUCAGCUAUGCUAUGACCACAAGGAAUCCGGAUUUACGCACUGGUGAGUUGAAGCCUAUCAGCAAGUACCUUGCGGCCAAAAACCUCAAAAUCACCAUACCCAUGCUCAAGAACUGGAUGGCCAAUCAAGUGGAUAUCUAG